AUGGCAGCUCAUUCACAGCAUUCUCUCUCCACGGGAUGGAGCUUCAAGGACAGCGAGGAUGCGUCGACAGAAGCCUGGCUACCUGUGCCCGUCGUCCCUUCUGUGAUUCACCAGGAUCUGCAGGCGAAUAACAAAUUGAAAAAUCCCUACGUUGGCUUCAAUGAGUUGGACGCCAGAUGGGUCAACGAAAAGUCUUGGACCUACCGCAAUGCGUUCCAGAAGCCCGCGAUCCCUGGUGGAUCGUCGGUUGUUUUGGCCUUUGAUGGAUUGGAUACCUUUGCAACCGUCAAACUGGACGGCAAAGUGAUCCUGGAAAGCAACAACAUGUUCCUUGCGCAUCGCGUAGAUGUCACCAAGGCCCUAGAGACCGAUGGUGAACACGUACUGGAGAUCGAUUUUGAUUGUGCCUUGCUACGUGCUCGAAAGCUCAAGGAAGAGGAUCCGAAGCAUAACUGGGCCUCGUUCAACGGCGACCCGGCUAGAAUGGCCGCGAGAAAGGCCCAGUACCACUGGGGCUGGGACUGGGGCCCCGUCUUGAUGACUGCCGGUAUUUGGCGAGAUGUGCGACUUGAGGUCUACACUGCCCGGGUCGAAGAUCUCUGGACUGAGCUGAAGCUGGCCUCCGAUCACCAGUCAGCCCAGGUCUCUGCAUUUGCGCAAUUUGAAGGCGUCGAAUCGGACGGGUCAUACAAUGUUACAUUUACAUUAAGUCUUGACGGCAAGGAGGUCGCUCGCGAGGUGACGCAGCCAAAGGACAAGUCCGCAAACGUGACAUUCGACGUGAAACAGCCGUCUCUUUGGUGGCCCCAUGGUUAUGGUAACCCCACACUCUAUGACGUUUCUGUAUCACUCGAGAAGGGAGAGGGUGAGCUUCAUCGUGUCUCCAAGAAAAUCGGCAUCCGCACUGCGGAGGUGAUUCAGCAGCCCGACAAACACGGAAAGUCCUUCUUUUUCAGGAUCAACGGGGUGGAUGUUUUCUGUGGCGGCUCAUGCUGGAUUCCCGCCGAUAACCUCCUUCCCAGCAUCAGUGCUGAACGGUAUCGGAAAUGGAUCGAACUUAUGGUCGCUGGACGACAGAUCAUGAUCAGGGUCUGGGGUGGCGGAAGCUACGAAGAUGACAGCUUCUACCAAGCUUGUGAUGAACUCGGUGUGCUCGUUUGGCAAGACUUCAUGUUUGGAUGCGGCAAUUAUCCGACAUGGCCUGAGCUGCUGAAGUCGAUCGAACAAGAGGUAGUCUACAACGUCCGCCGAUUACGCCACCACCCUUCCAUUGUUAUCUGGGUGGGCAACAACGAAGAUUAUCAAGUACAAGAACAGGCAGGCCUGGUCUACGAUUACGAGGACAAAAACCCGGAGAACUGGCUAAAGACUGACUUUCCUGCUCGCUACAUCUACGAGAAGCUGCUUCCGGACGUUUGUGAAAAAUUGACCCCUUCGGUCUUCUACCACCCGGGCAGUCCCUGGGGAGAUGGGAAGACCACUUCCGAUCCUACGGUUGGAGACAUGCACCAGUGGAAUGUGUGGCAUGGAACACAAGAAAAGUAUCAAAUCUUCGAUACUCUUGGCGGCCGGUUCAACAGUGAAUUCGGCAUGGAAGCGUUCCCACACCUUUCGACAAUUGACUACUUUGUGGAGAACGAGAAAGACAAGUAUCCCCAGUCGCAUGUGCUCGAUUUCCAUAACAAAGCCGAUGGUCACGAGCGAAGAAUCGCCACCUACCUCGUUGAAAACCUUCGAACGGCCACUGACCUUGAGACAUACAUCUACCUGACUCAAAUCGUUCAGGCCGAAACCAUGAUGUUCGGCUACCGCGGCUGGCGUCGCCAAUGGGGUGACGAGCGACACUGCGGCGGUGCUCUUCUCUGGCAGCUGAACGACUGCUGGCCCACCAUCUCCUGGGCCAUCGUGGAUUACUUCCUGCGACCCAAACCCGCCUUUUACGCCGUCGCACGGGUCCUGAGCCCUAUCGCGGUGGGCGUGCGCCGUGAGCACCACGACUGGAGCGUUACUCACGCUCAGCCCCCGAAGACCAGCAAAUUCGAGCUCUGGAUCGCCAGCAGCCUGCAGAAAGAAGUCUCCGGAAAGGUAGAGCUGCGGUUCCUCUCCGUUAACACCGGUCUCGAGGUCCGCGAGAACAUUGUGCACGAUAACGUGAAGAUCGUCCCUAACGGAACCACCAACAUCGCCGACGGGGUCAUUGAUCAUGCCGAGAUCCCGGAGCCGCAUGUCCUUGCGGCGCGACUGUGGGUGGACGGUAACGUUGCUGCGCGUGAUGUCGACUGGCCCCAGCCAUUCAAGUACCUUGAUCUAUCAGACCGUGGACUGGAGGUGACGAAGGGAGCUGGGUCUGAUGCUGGGCAGACAUUGAAGCUCACUUCCAAGAAGCCCGUCAAAUGCUUGGUCUUUGAGGAGCGGGAUGGCGUGCGGGUCAGCGACAGCGCCAUUGAUAUCGUACCGGGAGAUGAGCAGAUCGUCACCAUCAAGGGGCUUGGCGAGAAUGAUGCGCCUUUGAAAUACAAGUUUCUUGACAGCCGGCUACAUAGCACCAUCUUCGCUACUCCUCCGAGCGCCAUCCUCGAUAUCGGCUGCGGUACCGCGACGUGGGCCAUCGGCAUGGCUAACACCUACCCAUCUGCACGCCUCAUCGCGACGGACAUACACCCACCUCAUCUGACUCUCCCAGCACCUUCCAACUUCCGUUUUCUCUAUCGACCCGACAAAGGAAACAAACUCACCGCUGUAGCAUGGUACCAACAAAUCGUGGACGCUCUGAUCCCAAAAGACCCUUCUAUUGCUAAACCGUGCCUUUGGCACAAUGACUUACAUGAUGAUAACAUCUACGUCGACCCACAUAAUCCGGAAAGAAUCACAGGUAUUAUCGACUGGCAAUCGUGUCACGUCUCACCGCUCUUCAAUCAUAACCCCGACCCAGCCUUUCUCGACUGGGAUGGACUUGAGCCCGAGACGCUCGAUCUAGCACCAAGACCGAACCUGUCCAGUCUUUCUCCGGAAGAAAGGGCCGCGGCUGUGUACGAGUACUCUGUCCAAAACGUCUUCCUUGGAUGGCGGAAACUCAUGCACGCUAAGAACCCUAAUCUCUAUCGAGUUGUCGAAUUCCGCAAGACGCCAACAUAUGGGUUGAUCUUUCUUGCGCACCGCAUGUUCGAGUACGGCGAGGCUCAUUUCCAAUCGCUUCUUGUCGAUCUGAAGGACUCGUGGACAGACUUGCCCACCGUCACCAGUGACGUUCCGUUUCCGUUCGAUUACUCGGAAACCGAUGUGGAGAGAAUAAAGCUGGAUAGUGAGGGUGCGGUUGCCGGAACCGAACUUGUUGCGGAGGUGAAGGAGAUUAUGGGCGAUUUGUGGCCCGAUAAAGGCUUUAUCGGGCACGAGCGUUAUGAUGAAUGCAAAGCUGCUCUGGACGAGGUCAAAGACCAGAUGUUGGAGCAAUUGGCAGAUACGGACGAGGAGAAGGCUGAAUAUAUGCGUUACUGGCCUUUUGAUUAA